AUGGCAGUCGAGACGCCGAGACUCGGACCUGGUGUAUGUAUGGUUCAGAAGGACUUCGGCGAAUGUGCGUUCGAAUUCAUCGAUUCAGUCAAUAUAUACCACAACCACAAGUGCCAGUGGGUGGCACCAUUUUCUGCAACAAGUGUGGUCUCAAAAGCAGUGAUUCCACCGGACACUGUCUCUUCGCUGGAUGUAUCUCCUGGUUUCAGAGAGCUUCAACGGCGCCGAGCUGGCCUUCUAUCUCACCUCUUCGCUGGAGAGGUGGAGGCAUAUCCUAACGCAAACCUCCGACAAUAUCAACAACAGGCUUUGAUGGAGGGUGACGAACCAGACGCCCGUUUCGUGCUUGACUCGCCUCAUGACUACUUACCUGGAAGAGGCCGGGCUGCCCGGUUGCUACUCGACAGGGUAUACUCGGGCGCUUGUGCAACACUGGUAUUUUACGACGCUGCUUCUCGGGCACAGACCAUCGCAAACUUCGACGACUGUCGCGCUGCCAUCCUUGGUCAACCAACGAGAACUCCAGGCGGAAGGGUGACGUACACGGCUCACGUCGUCACCAAGGACCACCUUCUCUCGGAACGUGACUCGAAAAUGACCCACGGCCUCAGCGACUGCACUCGAAAGUCGAUUGCCGACCUGACCGGCCUGUCGUCAAGGUGUUUGGGCUCGCUGGCCUCAAACGGGGCAGUCAUGUACAAGAACGAGCUUUCCGGGCCUAUCGUCGAGGCAGACCCUGAUCUUACGAACAUCAAGAUCGAGUCAGGAGACUUUUUUAUCAUCGGAACACACGAGUUAUGGACCACGGUAUCAACCGAAGAGGCUCCAUCUCCUCAAUUCAUGGGUUUCACCUCACUUUCAGGAGAGGAAAACGCCAGCGAAUCGAAACGGUUUGCCAUGCACUGUAAUGGCGUUUUAGGAGGUUGA